AUGGCGUCCAGCGCCGCGGACGGGUUCGUCCCCGCGGCGGCGGCGGCGGCGCCCCGGCCGGUGCCGGCGCUCGCGGCGGCGGCUCCGCCGCCGGAGAGACAGGCGGAGCAGGUACGCUCGUUUCUCUACCCCGGCGAAGAUGAGCUCCCGGAUGACGUGAACAUGACGAUCUGGGAGCACCUCGAGGAGCUGCGGGACCGCGCGUUGGUCUCCGCGGGGGCGUGCGCCGUCGCGAUCCUCCUCUGCUUCUGCUUCGCCAAGGAUCUGGUCAUCUUCCUGGAGCAACCCGUGAUCGAUCAGGUCAAGUUUCUCCAGCUCGGCCCGGGGGAGUACUUCUUCACGACGGUCAAGGUCGCCGGCUACUGCGGCUUGCUCCUCGGCGCCCCCGUGGUGCUCUACGAGGCGAUCGCAUACGUCGUUCCCGGUCUCACGCGGGACGAGCGCAAGUUCCUCGCGCCCAUCGUCCUCGGCUCCUCCGUACUCUUCUACGCCGGCAUCGGCUUCGCGUAUGCGAUUUUAACGCCAGCCGCUCUGAAGUUUUUCAUCGGGUACAGCAACGAGGCUGUGGAGUCGCUGUGGUCGAUCGAUCAGUACUUCGAGUUUGUCCUUGUGCUGCUCUUCUCCACCGGGCUGUCGUUCCAGGUGCCGGUGAUUCAGCUGCUCUUGGGCCAGUCCGGGUUGGUGUCGUCGGCGCAGAUGCUGAGCAUCUGGCGGUACGUCGUCGUCGGGUCCGUCGUAGCGGCGGCGGUGCUGACGCCGAGCACGGACCCGUUCACGCAGAUGCUGCUGGCGGUGCCGCUGAUGUCGCUGUACCUCGGCGGCGCCGCGCUCGUCGGGGUGGUGGAGAAGGGCCGGGGCGUCAACCAGAUCGAGGGUUGA